CAAUGUUUCUUUCGUUAAAUGUGUGACCUCUCAACCUCGCGAGGAAAGUCUCCCUACUGUGUUCAGUGUUACAACCUUUAAUCAAUAACAAGAGUAUUAAAAGCAAACAAUUUUAUUCAAUCAGGGUAAAAUUUACUCUAGUUGUGUGAAUCGAAUGUAAAAACAUGAAAGAAAAGCAUUUAAACGUUGUGUGAUCUAUCUAUAAUAUAAUAAUUGCAACUGAUUCGAAAAGAUCGAUUACUGGUGGUUGGUGCUGGUGGUGCUGCUGCUGCUACUAGUGUUACUCAGUUAUCGACCGCCAUGAGAAAGUAUCCAGAAUGAUGAAUUUCUUCAUCUCGCAAUUGCAAAAAAAAAGUGUACUUUUGUGUGUCUUGAUAUUUUAGACACAAUAUUAAUUUGAUGCAUUAUGUAAAACAUAUACUUAAAAAGCAAACACACAUAAUGAAAUUUCUUUUUUGAAUGUUCAAGAGUCAUUUUUUUCAAGUAUAUAUACUUGUUUGUUAUCAAUUUUUAAAAAAAACAAUUCUGCCAUGAUAUUAAAUGAUGAUGAUGAUGAAUUAGAAAUGGCCGUGACAAUUAUUGAAAAUUUUAAAUUGCUUAUUGCCGAGUAUAUAUUUUACGAAAAUAAAAGUUCCUGAUAAUAUUAUUCCACCAGAUCAAAAGCACCCCGCUCUUUCUUUUUUACUGUCCAUCUACACACACAGUUAUUCAUAAUGAUUUUAUUUACUUGGAUAUUGCAAACAAUUUUUCAUGGAUUGUCAUGAUGAAUAUCAUAUAAUAAUAUAUUCAAGUUUUGUAUUGAUGAUGAGAAAACCUAAAAAAAAUAUCUGAUAUUAAUUAUUGGAAAUGGCCAGCAGCAAAGUUUUUUCGCUGGAACAUCGAAAAGAACAUCGGUUGCCAAAUUUAUGCAUCCACUUUUGUAUUGUCACUUUGUGCCUAAAUACAAUAAUAUGCUACGGUCAAAAACCUAUUAAUCUGGGAGGUAUUAAGAGAAAGGAUGUUUAUAUUGCAGGAUUCUUUCCUUAUGGAAGACAUGUUCCUGAAAGUCAUGUAGGUCGUGGAGUUAUGCCAUCUGUAAAACUUGCUGUUGAUCAUAUCAAUGAAAAUCCUGCUAUACUCAGGAAUUAUCGUUUACACAUGUGGUGGAAUGAUACAGAAUGCAAUGCAGCUGUUGGAGUUAAAGCAUUUUUUGAUAUGAUGCACAGUGGACCGCAUAAAGUAAUGUUGUUUGGUGCAGCAUGUACCCAAGUAACUGAUCCAAUUGCUAAAGCAUCUAAACAUUGGCGAUUAACACAGCUUAGUUAUGCUGAUACGCAUCCAAUGUUUACUAGUGAUAGUUUUCCAAAUUUCUUUAGAGUGGUACCAUCAGAAAAUGCUUUUAAUGCUCCAAGAGUUGCUCUGUUGAUGCAAUUUAACUGGACAAAAGUUGGCACCAUUUAUCAGAAUGAACCAAGAUAUGCAUUGGCCCAUAAUAGACUUGUUGCUGACUUGGAUGACACAAAGUUGGAGGUUAUUGAAACACAAAGUUUUUCAUUGGAAGUUACAUCUGCUUUAGAAAAGUUGAAAGCUAAAGAUGUCAGAAUUAUAUUGGGAAAUUUUAAUGAAGAAUGGGCUCGUAGAAUUUUUUGUAAAGUGUACAGACUUGGAAUGUUUGGUAGAAAAUAUCAAUGGGUUAUUAUGGGUACUUAUGCUGAAGAGUGGUGGCUUCGUCCAGGAGGCGGUUGUGCUCCAUCAGAAUUAUCUGAAGCUUUACAUGGAACAAUUUUGACUGAUCUCCUUCCCUUAGCAACAGAACAACAAAUCACUGUUUCUGGAAUUACACCAGAUGAAUACAGACUGGAAUAUGACUCUAGAAGAGGAACUGAAUAUUCAAGAUUUCAUGGUUAUACUUAUGAUGGAAUUUGGGCAGUAGCUUUAGCAAUUCAACACGUUACAAAAAGAAUACGACAUUUUCGUAAAAAUCAAACUGUAGCAGACUUUCAAUAUAGAGAUACUCUAUUGGAAAAACUCUUUUUAGAAGCUUUAAGAAAUACAAGUUUUGAAGGAGUUACUGGUCCUGUACGUUUCUAUGAUAAUGAAAGGAAGGCUUGUAUUUUACUAAAACAAUUUCAAAGUGGAAGCGAAGUAAAAGUUGGAGAAUAUGAUGGUAUUACGGAUAAUUUGGAUUUAAGUAAGGGACAUCCUUUGCUUUGGCGCGGUAAAUCUCCACCAAAAGAUCGUACUCUACAUAUUAUUGAACAUUCAACAGUCAAUAUUAAGAUAUAUGCUGCUCUUGCUUCUGCAGCAAGUGUAGGAAUUGUAAUGGCAGUUGUAUUUCUUGCCAUUAAUAUCAAGUACCGAAAUCAGAGAUACAUAAAAAUGUCAUCACCUCAUUUGAAUAAUCUUAUUAUUGUGGGAUGCAUUUUGACUUACAGUAGUGUGAUUUUUUUGGGACUAGAUUCUCAGUUAUCAAGUGUCACAGCUUUUCCUUAUAUAUGUACUGCCCGCGCAUGGUUACUGAUGGCAGGGUUUUCCUUAGCCUUUGGUUCCAUGUUUUCAAAAACUUGGAGAGUUCAUUCUAUAUUCACUGACGUGAAACUCAAUAAAAAAGUAAUAACAGAUUAUCAACUUUUCAUGGUUGUAGGAGUAUUACUAUUUAUGGACUUGAUAAUUAUGACAACGUGGCAGGUUGCUGAUCCUUUUUAUAGAGAAACUAAGGAAAUGGAUGCAUACCCACAUCCAGCUAAUGAAGAUAUUAUGAUAAUACCAGAAAAUGAAUAUUGCCAAAGCAACAGAAUGUCCGUCUAUUUGGGAAUUAUUUACGCUUACAAGGGUCUUUUAAUGAUCUUUGGUGCAUUUUUAGCAUGGGAAACACGCCAUGUCAGUAUACCAGCAUUAAAUGAUAGUAAAUAUGUAGGUAUGAGUGUUUAUAAUGUUGUUAUUAUGUGCAUUACUGGCGCAGCAAUCAGCAUUGUGUUGGCUGAUAAACAGGAUGCUAUGUUUAUCAUGUUGGCAGUAUUUAUCAUAUUUUGCAGCACGGCCACUUUGUGCCUCGUAUUUGUUCCAAAGAUAAUAGAAUUACGAAGAAAUCCACAAGGUGCCAUAGAUAGAAGAUCAAGAACUACUUUGAAACCAAUGUCUAAAACAAGAAAAGAUUCCACUAUUAGUGAAUUGGAAGAUCGUUUAAAAGAAGUAACUUCAACAAAUCAAAAGUUUAGAAAACAACUUCUUGAUCGAGAAUCGGAAUUGCAAAUGUAUUUAAGAAGGCUUGGAGAUGAAGAAUUAACAAAUACUCAAGAAACUAUAAUUAGUAGGCUUCACAUUCCAAAACAAGAUAUUGUAAUAAAGAAAGAAGGUCCAUCUGUCAACACUGAAACCACUGAUAUAUCAGUUUCCAUGUGCAGUUUGAAUUCUACCACUGUUUUAUCACAAACUGAAGGAGAUUACGUUAACGUGAGCUCCAUCGAACAGCACAAGAAAAAGUCAAUGCUCAACAACAUGAACAACGGGGUUUCAAACAACAUGAAAAAUGGAACCAAUUCAUUGGAAAAAGAUCAAUUGUCAAUUGAACCUUUAAACCAAGUAUUUUCUGGAGAAGAGAAUUCAAAAUAUACUGCCAAAGAGAAAGUAGAGAUUAAUGGUGAUCUGAAAGAGCAACAACAAAUUACGGAUAAAAAUGAAUUAAAAUUUAUCAACAACAACAAAUGCUGUGGGAUAGUAAUAGAGGAUCAAAAACGAAAGAAGAAGAAGCAGCAGCAUCUAAAACAUCAACAAUUACAUGUAGAACCAAGUGUACCAUCAUUUGAAUCUGUUAAUGACAAUUCAAUUACAUCAAUGUUAAUAAACAACAAAAUUGACAGCUGUAAUAAUGGUAUAGUUGAGAGUAGAUCUCUAGAGUACAAGAAUAAAUCGAAUGAUGGAGUAAAAAGAGCUAAAAUUCCAAUACCUGUACUAUCAAAAAAUGUUUCGUUCAAUGCAGACAAAGAGUUAUGUGACAAAAUUUAUUCAAAACAAAAAACUUUAUUUCCAUCAUCAGGAAUUGUUUCGAAACAUAAAUAUACAACUACUGAUGGCUCAUUGACUAUUCCUUCUGUAUCUACGCAACAAACUAUUUUGAAUAGAAGAAGAUGUUCAGCAAAAGACAAUGAAUUGGCACAAUCUCAUCAUGAGCUGUUUGAUAAUAAAAAAAGAAGAACUAGUGUUCCAACAACAAAUACAAUUAGCUAUAUAUCGAGCGAAAAUAUAUCUACAAAAAUUGAGGAUGAGGAGGAAACAUUUCUUAAUAAUAAACCUUGUGCACAUAAGAAAACAGCUAUUGUAGGUUAUCGAUGCGAAAAACAUGGAGGACGUGGAUAUAAUACUUCUAAAGAAUCAUCUGUAGCGAUAUUUAGGAAACCUAAUGAUUCUUAUAAUAGUAUUAGUUCAACAAGUGUGAAUGCCAGUUAUUCAGAUACAGAAAAAUAUGAUGAUUCUUCGUUUAUUCAGCGAUCUGUAUCGGAGAGAUCACGUGAAAAAUUUAUUAAAUGCAAACAUCAUGGUGGAGCAAUGUCUACCAUGAUUGCAAAUACUGCACGCAGAUGUAGACAUAAUGAAUCAAAACUGAGUAGACACGUACAAAGCACUCCCAAUGUAUACAGUAAAUUUAAUAACCAAAGAGGAAGCAGCAGGGUAGGAAAUACAUCAGUUAGUUCUUGCAUUGCAGGAGGACGUGCAAGAUAUAAUAAUAAUAUUAACGAAUCUCAAGUUUUACAUAGUGCGUUAUCUGAUGGUGAACUUUUAGAUCUGACAAUUUUGCCCAUUUUUCAAAAACUCUUAACUCAGCGAUAUAAAACAGCUCGAAAUAAUUAUGGGGCCAAUGUCGCUAGUUGUCCGAAUAUAUCAAUCAAAUGCGACAUUGUGGAAUAUCUUUAGUCAAUAUAGUUAAUUCAAUCACAUAUUAACAAAAUGGCAUACAAAAGAGACUUUAACAAAUAUUAAUAUUAUAGUUGACAGUUUUCAUUCAAGUGAUAAAUUGUAAACGGCAUUGCGAUUAAUCUGAAUAUAAAUUUGUUUUAAUGUAUAAAAAAAUUAUCCGUUUUUUUUAAGAUUUCUUAUUGUUUUUAAUGUUGUUUUAGCAUUCUGCAAUGCCGUACUUAAUAUUUAAUUUUAUUGACACACAAGUUUACAUUUUCAAAUAAAAUAAUUCUAAAUUUUUAAUAAAGAGACAAGCUUUAAAAAGACAGUGUAUUUAUAUUUAAAAAUUAUUGGAAACUAUUCACAGUCAGUCAGUUUGCACAAACCUCUUUAAGAAAAUCUUUCUAGAAUUAUUAAUAACCAGAUGAUUUUCUUUUACUUAAUGUUAUAAGCACUUAUAUAUAUAUAUAUAUAUAUAUAUCUUACAGUUACAAUUUUUCUGUACAAUUAUACACAUGUUUUUUCAAUGAACCAAUAAAUAAUUUUUUUUAAUA